GAGAAAUGUUCGUUAAGGGGUGCCUGAGCUUUCCCGAGAGCAUGAAGUCCCACGAUGAAGUAACCGUUGUUGACCAGGCAGCUUCACCAGUCCCUAACAGUGUGGACUGGAGGACUAAAGGCUAUGUCACUCCUGUCAAAGACCAAGGACAGUGUGGAUCCUGCUGGGCCUUCAGUGCGACAGGAGCUCUUGAGGGCCAGAUGUUCAGGAAGACUGGUAAGCUGGUGUCGCUAAGCGAGCAGCAACUGGUGGAUUGUUCAAGGCCUUAUGGGAAUAAAGGAUGCAGAGGUGGUUUGAUGAGUUGGGCCUUUAAAUAUAUCAAAGCCAAUGGAGGUCUGGACACUGUGCACUCUUAACCUUAUGAGGCCCAGGACUUCCAUUGCCGCUUUAAUUCCAGUGCUGUUGGGGCGACCUGCCGUGGGUUUGUUAACGUGGCCAGUGGGAAUGAGAAGGCCCUGCAGCGGGCUGUUGGCACUGUGGGACCUGUGUCUGUAGCCAUUGACGUUAGCCGCCGCUCCUUCCAGUUCUAUAAAUCUGGUGUCUACAAUGAGCCAAGCAGCUCUAAACUUCACUUUGACCAUGGUGUGCUGACUGUGAUAAACACGGAGGAUGGACAGGACUACUGGUUGGUGAAGAACAGGUGA